AUCAGUGUUAUUAAGAAGUUACUUUGUACAAAAGAAGAAGGAACUGUAUACACACAGUGCAGAUGUGCCCAGCCGCAUUUUCACAAGACGCGCGUUACUCUUUGUCUUCCUCUGAAUGGCGAGACAUGGCACACAGGGCUUCUCUUGUAAAAGAAACAGCAAGUUGGACUCGUUCCUCAAGAGGAACCUGGAGCAGAGCGUGUACGAGAGGGUCCGAGCCUGCGAAGCGUGCGUGGUCAUCUCCGAGACCGUCAAGAAAGUGUUCAUGCACGUGGUACUGAGUGACCACUGCAUUUAUUUAACAGAAAACCCACCGAGAACUAUACAAGCGGCUGUGCGCUUCAGCAACAUCUCCGGGAUCGAGCUGGUAAACGACAGCCCCGAUUUUCUUAGCAUGAGGAAUCGGGAGAGCGCCCAGCACAUCCGUAUACUCUACUCCUCGACAGCUCUGAAGAAACUAGAUAGAUAUGAACAGGGAGAAGGGACACUGCUGCUGCCAACCAGAACCACCAGGAGCCGGUCCCCUCGGCUGUACGUGAAUGGCAGCAGACUCUUCAGUGCUCAGUCAUCACCAGCAACUAGCGCAAUGAUCAGCAGGCGUGCCACCACCUCUGCACUAAGGGGCACCAUAGAGACCAAAGACUUCAGGGUGAAGCAGAGCAGAUCCUCCUCCGACCUGCAAGGCCCGAGUCUCUGUGACAGCAGGGAUCCUCCGGCCUGCCCUCGGCCCCUUCCCGGGCCCCGCUCCGCAAUGUCGCUGUCGUCCUGCCUCUCCACCCUGGCGCUGAGCUCUCCUGGGCCAGCCAGCGUCCGUGCUCUCCAUGCGUGCUCCUCCUCCAUCCUCACAGACUGGGGCCAGCAGGCAGAAGCAAGCGAGCCGCGGGCUGCACGGGAGCUGCACCUGUAUGUUGUGACCAAGUCCUCGCCCAUAUUCCUGCACUUGAAGAACUCCUGGAACAAUUACAUUAUACAGUCAACUCUAAUGCAAGAUCCUCAGUACAGUAAGAAGUUCAGGGUUCAGUUGACCUCCCCAGGCCAGGGCCAGAGAACAUGUAGCUCAGAGCAGGCAGUGAAGUUGUUCAGUCAGCUGACCUACGAGCUGUUUCAGGAGGACAGCACGCUGGAGAAGACCUAUGCCCUGGUGCAGGAGCUAAAGACAGCGGCUCAGAGGAACUUCAUGCUGAAGAGGCUCUUCUGGAAAUCAAAUGAUCUGUUUCCUUUCCUGAUCAAGAAACUUUCUGAUUACUUGCCAAAGUCUCAUAAUGUACCUGGACAACUCGACCAGGGCCACCAAGCUGACAUGUUGGUGGUCUGUAUAAUGAUUGCACAGACUCUGGCACUGAUGUUCAGAGAGACAGACACUGAGGCGGCUCGGACCAGCAUCCUUACAGCUAAAGGGGGAGCAGUAACACAGACCCUGUUAAUGGCUUUGGUCAGGGAACCCCAAAUUCAUAAUGCAACGUCCAGGCCUGGCACUGUGCAGGUGGCUGAUUCUGUACCAACGGACAGGGGCACAGAAUCUGAGAUACAGAAGCUGAUAACAGAGUACUCUGAAGCAGCGACUGCUGUUCUGUAUGAGAUCAUUCUCCUCACACAUCAGGGAAACCUAACGUCUGAUUGGGGCCCGUUCAUGACGGUGGGAUGGGUCAUGGCGGUGCUGCAGGGACUGCCCUCCACGGUGUCCUUCAUUGGCAGUGUAGUGAAAGCCGUGAUCUCGGUGCUGUCACCAGCCUUGCCUCUGCUCAGUCCCAGCCAGGCUGUGCUCUUGUACCAGCAGCUCUACAUCCUCAGCUCCUGCAUUCAGUACAGCAACAGCUUAGCCGAGGACAUCCGGACAGAGUACAGGGAGGAGUUCAGGUACUACAUCCGGACCCCGUUUCUGGAGGAGAGGUUCCCUUUGCACUACCCUAUCACCCCGCCCACUGUCAGACUCCUCGCCCAUGUGCUGGAGCUAGUGAAACACAAACCUGCCCCGCAGCUCUGAACACAAGGGCAGGAGCAGUCUGCCUGGGGGUGCACCAGCUUACCUUCAAAAAUAGAACACAGGCAAUUAUUACUAUUGUUUGCAAUGUUUUAAUUGUUUUUAAAGUAUUUGUGUUACCUAGUGUAUUGCAUUUUUUAUACAUUCUCAGAUGAAUUUAUUGCAAAGCAAUGCUUUUUAAAUCCAUUGCCUUUCCUCUUAUUAGCACCAGCACCCCAAUCACUGUAGCCCUCCUUUCUUGUGUCAAAGAUCUUUGUUUAGAUUUUAUGUCAUAGCUACUUCCUGGUUCCUAAUCCAUGUGUAGUUCAAAUGCACUCCAAUGGUUUAGCUGCAGUCAGACUGUGACCUACUUAGGGUUACCAGACGUCCCAGAAAAACUCACUGUCCCGGGUUUCAGCCUUCAUUUUUUUUGUCCCGGUCUGAAACAAGAAAAUUGUUAAAAUCGUCCUGUUUUUACUAUUUUACUAUACUAGUAUUCAGAUUUUUUAUUUUGAGGUGCAAAACUAUAGCUCAGCAAGUUAACAGUAAUUUAUCAGACUGUGUUAGCAUCAAUCUUAUGUUUAAUAAUUAAUAUUCUGUUUAACUUCCUGGGGCAUGUCUAGUUUAAAGAAAAUAAUAAUAAUCUUGCUAGUGCCAUCAGCCAAGUUAGCCUUUUAGUGUCCCAAUCGUGUCUUGAAAAAUAUGUCUUAUAUAUAUAUAAAAAAAAGAAGUGUGUGUGUGU